CGUUCCAAAACAUUAGUUGUUACCGCCAUCAAACAUUCAUUCAAUUCAACUGUAACAUUCAAUUUAAAAGCCCUAACAUCACAUUCCAAGAACCUCGGAUUACCUAAAUCCCCAAAUUCCCCAAUGCUCUCCAACUCCGAUGAUGAAGAUAUCUCCGGUAACGAUUCCGAUGACGGCUUCCAAGACGACAUGGAAGCUAUAAAAAAAGCUUGCCUUCUCGCCGGCAAGGAUAUCGCCGAUGGACACGUGGACGGUGUGGAUGAUGUAACGCCAUCUGGUACGGAUGAUGAUGAUGACGAUGAUAUUGAGUUGGUUCGUAGUAUACAAGAGCGAUUUGCGCUAUCAACGGAGCUUCGAGAGCCGUUAACAUUGAAACCGUUGUGUUCUUUUCCUUCAGCUGGCGAUGAUGACGAUGAUUUUGAAAUCCUACGUGUUAUUCAGCGUCGCUUUGAGGCUUAUGAUGAUGAUACUGAGAAGGGAAGAAAGGCGAGUUGUUUAGAUAAAUUUGAGCAGGUGGGUGUCACUAACAUAACCUCGGAAAAGGAAACUUCCAAUGAUUUUUUUGUUGAGAGAACUAAUGCUGAGGAAGGGUUUCCCGCUUGUGUAGAUGAAACCAUACAGAUUCCUGAAGGAUGCACUAAUGACAUUGAGUGGCAUGAUUCUAGUGCUGAAACCACAGCUGUGUCAGUUAAUUCUGUUUGCUUCCCGAAAUCAGCACAGGCAUUUGUUGAUGCCAUAAAGAAGAAUAGGUCUUGUCAGAAAAUUAUUCGGAGUAAGAUGGUGCAAGUUGAAGCAAGAUUGGAAGAGUUGAAAAAAUUAACGGAGCGGGUCAAGAUCCUUAAGGGCUUUCAGCUCGCUUCCAAAAAGAGAAUGGGGCGGGCCUUGUCACAAAAAAGAGAUGCUCGUGUCCAGUUAAUUUCUUUGCCAAAGCAAAGGCCCAGUGCAAAGGGAAAAAAGUUAUCUGGAAUACAUUAUGGACCUGCUGAGAAUUCUCAUGUUGCUAGCUUUAGGGAGGCAUUGACACAUUUUGCUGUCUCAUUGAGUCGUAAGGAGUGGUCCAAGGAAGAUAGAGAGAAUCUUGCGAAAGGAGUUAAACAACAAUUUCAAGAGAUGUUGCUUCAACGCUCGGUCAAUCAACUAAGUGAUGAGAAUGGAUGUUCUAGAGAAUCUGGUGAUCUUGAUGGCCUUAUUGCCUCAAUUAGAGAACUCGUGAUUACCCCUGAGACCAUGAGGAUAUUUCUACCCAGGGUCAAUUGGGAUCAAGUAGCUUCCAUGUAUCUUCCUGGUCGUUCUGGCGCUGAAUGUCAAUCAAGGUGGUUGAACUGGGAAGACCCCUUAAUUAAACAUGAGGAAUGGGAUCCAUUAGAGGAAAAAAACCUAUUGCAUGCUAUCCAGCAGAAUGGAAUGAGUAACUGGAUUGAUAUCUCUACAUCAGUAGGAGUAUGUAGGACUCCAUUUCAGUGCUUAUCACAUUAUCAGAGGAGUUUGAAUGCUUCAAUCAUUAGGCGGGAAUGGACAGAGGAGGAAGAUAUUAGACUCUCUGCUGCUGUGGAGACUUUUGGUGAGAGUAACUGGCAGAUUGUUGCUUCUGUCAUUGAAGGCCGCACAGGUACUCAGUGCUCCAAUAGGUGGAUUAAAACUCUUCAUCCAGCAAGGAAAAGGUGCGGGAAAUGGAGUGCUGAUGAAGACAAGCGAUUGAAAGUUGCUGUGAUGCUUUUUCAUCCUAAAUCUUGGAAGAAUUUAGGUCAAUCUGUGCCUUGGCGAACUCCUAUUUGGAAGAAGGUAGCUCCAUAUGUACCUGGGCGGACUCAUGUACAAUGCAGAGAAAGAUGGUUCAAUAGCUUAGAUCCUUCUUUGAAAUUGGAUCCGUGGACAAAAGAGGAGGAUUUGAAGUUAAAAUCAGCCAUAGAUGAACAUGGAUAUUCCUGGUCCAAGGUAGCUGCAUGUGUUCAUCCACGUACUGAUAACCAGUGUCGGAGGAGAUGGAAGGCGCUAUUUCCAAAUGAAGUUCCUAUGCUGCAAGAAGCUAAAAAGAUACGAAGAGAAGCUUUUAUUUCCAACUUCGUUGACAGAGAGGAGGAAAGGCCUUCCAUUAGACCCAAUGACAUAGUUCCGACACAUAAACUCAAUUAUAGAGCUGGAUUUGAGACUACUUCUGCGAAUAAAAAGAAGAAGCUACGGCCCAGAGCAGCAAGGGAUGGUACAGCACCUAGGUCUGAUGCAAGAUGUGAAAUGGAGAGGCGACAAUCAGAGGGGAGUGAAGUCCCAGAGUCUUCUGAUCUUCUAAACUGCAGUUCGUUAUCUUCUAGAGACCAGGAGAUUGGGAGGAUUUCGGAUGAUGAAGAGGCAUUUGAACAAGGUUGUCAUAAUGCCAGAAAGAAGAAAAGACCGUCUACUUCCAGUAAGGCAAAAUCUUUUACACCAAAUGACAAGGUUCAGGAGGCUUCUGCUUCCAGGAAGGUUGAGUCUACUAUUGCAGAUGGCAAUAUCCGCAAGAGGAGGAGGAGAACCAGUUCGGUAGUGAAGAAAAAGAGUAGAACUACUGCCUCUCAAGAAAAUUCUGCAAAAUCUUUUACACCAAAUGAUAAGGUUCCGGAGGUUUCUCCUUCCAGUAAGGUUGAUUCUGCUAUUGCAGAUGGCAAUAUCCGCAAGAGGAGGAGGAGAACCAGUUCGGUAGUGAAGAAAAAGAGUAGAACUACUCCCUCUCAAGAAAAUUCAUCAUCUUUACCAAAUCAGUCUUCGUCAAUGACGGUUGUUGAAGAGACUGAGUUACUUGUUCACAUCCGCAGGAAGGUCAAGAAUACUAUGGAUAAACGUCAUUCCACAAGUGAAUAUAAUGAUCCCUGUAUUAUCCCUCAAGGUCCUCCAUUGGCUCGUUCACACUUGGAUAAAGAGACAGCUGACCUCGAUGUUGGUGAGAACCAUGUUGGGGAAAAUGCUUCUGCAACAGGGUUGUGCACUGAUGAAAAUGCAAGACAGUUGGAAGCUUCUGCAAUACCUCGCACACUGGAAGGUGAGAAUACUGGAGCUUCUGGCUGUCACAAGCUUAAUAAGUGCAAUGAAUUGAAGAAUAAUGUCAGGUCUUGCAUAGAUAAACUGCCGGACACAGCAGAUGACUGCAUGAUCCUUGCUUCUUUUAUCCGUAAAUCGCAUGCAAAGAGAUGUUCAUUGUCUUCUACUAAGGUUGCCAAGGUGCAUCCGGACAAAGGUCAAAAUAAGGCUAUGACAGAAGAUGAAUCUAGCAGAUCUUGUAUAUCUGGUGGUCAUGAUGGGGUGGAGAAGACGACCCAAGAAUGCACCAGUUCCAAUCAGAUAUCGGGGGCUGAAGUAGGGGAUGACAUGCCUCUGUCUCUUUUUAUGGGCAGACUGAAAAGGCGGCGACGUUGAGUUUAUAAAUAUUGGCUCCCCUUCAUGAGCACAAGAUAGAAAAAGGAGGUAGUCCGAAGGCUGCUUAUUGUCCUCCAAGGCAAGCUCAACGGCGUGACCCACUGACGCUAUCUUCAUCUUGGCUGGUUUUGGAUACAUAUAUCUACACUGCAGACAAACAUUCAGGCUGUUCGAUGGAAACUAAUGAGAUUGACUUGUAUAGGCGGUUGGGAAAUUUUUCUCGAUUACUUCCUGCUUGACCGCAUGAGUGUUAAAUUGCUCAAAUGUUUUUUCUUUGCUUUUUUCAAAUUCAAAAGCCAUUCUUUCUAAUACUAAUGGAGAGCUCCGAAGAUGUGGUUUGGGGUA